AUGAUAAGGUCUGAAUUGGAUCAUACUUCUGAAGAUUUCAACCAGCAACAAACAAUUCUUCAACAAAAGACAACAUCAUCUAUGCAACAUAAAAUGAUUGCAGAACAAGUUGUCGAACAACAUCGCAAUGUUUUACGACAACAAAAACAGACGGAAUCGAACUUACGUCUGAUUGCCAAUAAAUUACAACGAAUUGAAUCACAACUAAGUACGACCACGAAUGUUUUACAACGUCAUAAGCAAGAACAAGCUGCAUAUGACAGUCAAAGGAAUGAAAUACGAUCAAACGCUGAAAUUUUGAAUACAGCCUUAAAGCGACAUGAUGAAGUUAUCAAAGAAUAUCGGAAGAAAAUUAAUGCAAAUCAAACUAAACUUGCCAAUGUAACAGAAGAACAACGGCAACAGAAGGACCUCGUCAUAAAACUGAAAGGAUCACUUGAUGAAUUGAUCAACUCCGAAAAGAUUACAAAUCGUGAAAUAAUCCAUCAACAAACUCUACUCGAAGCAGAGAAGAAAUCUGUGGAGGAUUUACGUGCGGAUAUGGAUAUCAAACAACAACAUAUUGGCCAUAUUAAACAGGAAUUUAUGAAGACUACUACAGAACUGAACAAAAUUAUGAAUAAAAUCACCAGCGCCGUUCAAAAGAAGACUGAUCUUCAGCAGAAUAUAGUAGCCAAACGUGUUACAUUAAAUUCUGUCAAAAAUGAAUAUAUCGCGAUACGUUCUCGUAUACAAACUCAAGAUGUUAUUGUACAAGAUCUUCGUCGAAAAAUGAAUCAAUUAAAUAUACAUGACAAACAACUGUUCACCGAUGUGCAACAUCUCAAAGGUGAAGUCAAUAUCAAAUCACAAGAAAUGCAAGAAAAUCAAGAAUCCAUCCGUGAAAUCAAUCAAAAAAUGCGACGUUGCACAAGAUCAACAAGAACAAGGUAA